GUUUGGGCAGAGAUAUUUUGGGGCCGCGACAACAUGAGCUCCUUCCGCACGCUCGCGUCGUUCUCCGUGCACCCGCCGGGCAUCGGCGACCUGGAUAUCCUCCCCAAUGGAAUUGCUGUAACUUGCGGCGAAGACGGGUACGUUUGCUUUACAGAUAUGAAGGAAAUGAAGGAGAUCAAGUCGAUGCGCAUUGUGACUGAUGACGGAACAGUUCCGUCAAUCAGUGUGAGCGCGACGACAUCAAGCGACGGAAGUAGUCGCGAUGUAUUUGUGGCUUCAUCGGACAAUUACUUGUUGAACCGCUACAGCCUUGGUGCCAAGGCGACGUUUGAGGGAUGCUACCUUCGAUGCACGGAAGAAAUCAAGUACAUUUCGAGUUCCAAGUCAUACGUGGCGGUGGUGAGUGAAGACUUGCGAAGCCGCAUCGUUCUCCGUGCCAACAUGGAGCGCGUCCUUGUGCUGGAAGGACAUAAGGAACCUGUGAAAAGCAUCGCCAUCGAUCCUCUGGAAACGUACGUGGCGACGGCAGCAUCCGACAACACGGUGAAACUGUUCGAUAUUUCCAAUGUUGAUGGCGACACGGGUGAAGUCAACGCGUCGGGCAGCAUUCCGAUUCAGUAUCAGCAAGGGAUGUCCAACGAUGACGUGUUGGCGCGCGUCGCGUGGCAGCCGGAGGCCGGGUCGCUCUUGGCUACCCCUAUGCGCAUGAACACGGUCGGACUCUACGAGCGCGGAACGUGGACGUUGUCGAGCAAGCUUGUGUUUCCAUCGUUUGAAGGCGUGUUCAACUCGGACGUGAACGUCAUUGCGUUCUCCCCGAACGGAAAGUACGUAGCCGCAGCGUCCAUGGCGAAACAGAUUUUUGUGUGGGAAGUGGCGUCACAAGCCGUCGUGGCAAGCUUCGAAUGCGACGACAACGUGAUUGCGCUCUCAUGGCUCGUUGACGCCAACAGCUUUGCAGUGCUCAUGACGUCGGGGUCGCUUGGGCAUGCCUCGAACGUUGUACCCUCAACUCAUCCCCCUCCAACUGCCGCCAGCAGUUCGACGGUUGUCAUCGCCCUACCACAGGUGGCUGCCAUCGCCGCCAAUCCUGCCCCUUCAUUGAAAGAGCCCCCAGGCGCAACAUCCAUCACUGUACCUGCCUCAGCCGAUGAUGCUAUUGUGGACGAAGAAGAACAAGUGAACGCCAUCAAGCGCAGUUUUGGGUUUGACCCAGAUAUGGCCGUUCUGCAUGAAGCGACGGUUCCGGACGACGAGGAUGACCUGGAUGCCUCUGCGACGCAAGCUGCCAUGGACGCCCCCCUCCUCAACUCUUCCGUUGUGCCAAUGUCUUCCGCUGCUGGCCAGCACUACGUGCAGCAAGUCCAGGCGACUUUCCAACCUGGCGCGGUCCUGCAAGGACCUGUGAUUCUUCUUGCGUGGAACUUACUCGGCGACAUUGAAGCGCUCUCGUCGGCAGACCAAACGCCGCUGAUUGUGCUCCGAUUUAACGAUAAGUCGAAGCGCGGGUUCAAGUUCCAUGACACGUACAACUUGACGAUGGCCGACUUUGACGAUGUUGGGGCGAUCUUCGCCGCGCCGACACAGGACGACAUGCCUGCCGUUGUCACCUACCGCGCCAUUGAGUCAUGGAACUCGAGUAGUUCAUGGCAUGUCUCGCUCCCCGACGGCGAAGACGUCGUAUGCGUCACUACUGCUGGGUCCUUUUGCUUCGUUGCGAGCUCGACUCACUUUGUUCGCGUGUACUCGAUGGGGGGCAUACUCCUUGCAAUUUUUGCGUUGUCGGGCCGCAUUGUAUCCAUGGCAAGUCAUCGCAGCGGGAAGCUUGCCGUCUUGUACGCGACUAGCUCUGCCGAACUGCACUACGCCGUCUACACCAUUCAGGCAUCGUUGCCUCGCGUUCAAAAGGUUGCGGAGGGGGUGAUGCCGCCGACGAACCCUCCAUCGACCCCAUUGACGGUGGCUGCACCGGCAGUCGAAUGGGUCGGUUUCAACGACCUUGGGGUGCUGUUUUUCGUGCAAGCCGGGACGGGCACGGUAUUUGCACUGAGCAGUUUGGUCGGGCUUCAAUGGAUGCCGCUCGUCCAACCAAGCCACACGCAUGGUCCGAUCUUUUGCGUUGGCAUUCGCGAUGGCACGGUAUACUUCCUGCCCAAGGUACUGGACCAGCCAUUGCAGCUUCCGCGCCACCAUCGCCCUGUUCUGUCCACAUGGGCGUACGAAAAGGUUGAAGACGACGCGCUGUGGGCCGCCCACAAUGCUGCUACCAUGAACCCUUCCGACCCUAUCGACUACGUGGUGCCUCGUCAAGCCGCCGCGGACAAGGCUAUCCUUCUUCGGGUCAAGGCCAUGUGUGCAUCGGACGAUGUGCAGAAAGCCUACGACUUGGCCACAUGCCUGUCGUUGGAAAAGUCGCAUGCGAUUGCGCAACAAAUCGCGACUCAUUUUGGACUGCGCGAAUUGCAGUCGAGGUUGCAGCAACUUCAAGACUCGCUGUUUCCCAUCGAUACUCGGCCCAGUAUUGAAGUCGACGCUGCAGCCCCGACCUCGAUGGAGCGGCGGCCUCCCACCGCGGGCAGUUCCUCAUUGCGUCCUCCUUCACGUAUCCCCAUCAUGUCUCGAAAUGCGACCUCGCCACAAACUUCCACAGCCCCGACAGACCCAGUCGCAAAACCCCCGUCGAAACCCACCGCGUCAACGUUUGUGAACCCGUUCAAGAAGCGCGAAGUCGCACAGGAACAAAAGGCGGACUCGGGUAGUCGAAAACGGCAGAAAUGAACUCGUCGAAGCAAAUACACAGACUCGAGAUGGAUUCACAAUGGAACGAUGGCGAAAGAUGCGGUGGUGGUGCGAGGGGGGCUUCUUAGGUCUUGGUCACAAACGCGACAGACUUGUCGACGCUGUCCAAAGGCGA